AUGUCCUCCGUGGGCCGAGGCCCCGUAGUGGGUCGAGCCAUAUCCGUAGCCAACGAACCAAGCCAAGCGGCGCGUGGGGCGCGAUUGCGCGCAGCAGCCCCGCAGCGGCUUCUCUUGGCUCUUGGCUUAGCACGCGAGCAACGUUGCAAGGCCGAGCGCGGUGCUCUAAUCACGGCCGCCGAGCCAGGAGACACAUUUAUGUUGUGCUCGGUCGCCGACUCUGAGGCCAAGCUGCUGCCAUCGGGCAUGAACGAGGACUCGCACAGCCCCGGCUGCUCCUACCCCGGCGGCAGCAGGCGCGCACCGCCGCGGUCGGUGUUGCGCCAGCGGCUGCUGGGCAACUUCCUGCAGCGUCGGGCACCCGCCGCCAGGGACGCGUUCCCGGAGACCGAGAUGAUGUUCCCGCUGCUGCCCGACAGCCCGACGGAGGCCUGGAGCGGCGGCUACCCGCUGGACAGCCCUCCGGCCUCCCUGCGGCGCCGCUCGGCCAACGGCCGGACGCAGGGUCCGAGCUCGGCGCGGACGGGCAGCUCGGCGGCCCGCAACCGGACGUCCCGCGACGGCGGUUCGCGCCAGGGCGGUCACCGGCGGCACCACGCCGCGCGCGACGCUGGAGCCAGGAGGAGCGUGUCCAGCGGUUUCUUCAAGAGGAUCUUCCGGGGAACGCCGCGGAAGUACUCGCGGCUUGUCGGCUCCGCAACGCCGCAGUUGCCGCCCGAGCCGAAGGACACGUCCCCAGAGCUGAGCUUCAGCGAAGUGAUGAUGCGCUACCACCAGCAGUCCCCGGACUCCGGCAACUCGUUCGGCUCGGCCACGAAGAAGUCGGCGUCGGAGCGGAAGACGAUGCCCGAAGUGGUUCCCGCAGCGCCCCCACCGGCGCAAAGGAAGAAGCGGUUCACAGCGCACGAACGAAAGAUGGUGUACGUGAAGAUUCUGCAGGACGCCCUCAGCAACCAAGACGCGUGCCCCAACAGCGCGCUCAUGGUGACGCCCGACGUGGAGAGCGGCUGGUUCCUGGUCUCCUUCCACGUCUGGGUGCGACACGACCACCAGCCGCUCAAGGACGCCGUGGCCGCCAAGCGCUUCCCCAAGCCUGGCGCCACCUACUUCGUGCAUGGCGGCACCGGCACGCUCUGACGUCGACCCAUCGGAACACGCGACAAACGAGACUCCAGGAUCUGCAUAGUGGACAGGACAGCUUUGCAGACGCCGAAUCGCUGUGGCCGCGCACUGUGUGAGCAUAUGAAAUGGAAAGACAUUACAGCGUGAACUGAGGCAUUUAAAAAGAAAGAAAGAAAAAAAAGGAACAGAAAAAUAAACCCACGAGGACGUGUGCUACUAGCAUGGUGAUAGAA